CGGACUUUUCGUUAGUUGGCACCCGACGACGGUAUCGAUCAAACGUGCCCGGCGUUCCGGCUCAUAUUUCAAGUGCAAAUUUUGCAGGCCACAGGCCAAGUCGCGAAGCGCAGUGAUGAAGUAUCCUAAUACGUUGGACAUUAACACGCACCGGGCGUACUUUUGCGAGCACCAGCUGUCCAGCGAUGCGAAUCGCCACGUGGACGGAAUCAACCUGGACUGGGACACGUGCAAUCCGCAACCGUUGAAGAUACUGUGCCUAAACACGAUCGCCAACAACUGGCUAACGAUUCCGUUCUUCCGUGAGAUUCCACUGGGCGAGGAUAGACACUUCCUGUUGGACUUGCUGGAUUUGAGCUUUCCGUUGGAGAAUCUGUGUGCGAGGAUUCGCAGUGAUGCCUUCUGGAGGCGUGCCUUCGUCAACAGGUGGAAAACGUACUACCCGAUCGACGUGGACGAAAAACCGUGGAUUCGAGUGUACCUGGAGAAGCACAUCUCGGAAAUGUUGGAAAACUUGAAGCCAGCCGAUUACGAGCAGGAAAUCGUUCAAAAGCUGGUCGACCUGUGCUCGCUGCACGUGCGUGAACUCCGAAUUGACCACUUGGAGCCACCAACGAACGAGAACGGGGACCACAUUCCGUUCGAUUUGAUUCUUUCGAAUCUCCGUGAACUGCGCAAGGUCAACAUCACGUACGAUGUGAAAAAUGCCGGCAACAAUUUCUACCUCGGGUGUGCCACCAUCACGGACAAGGACAUCAAGCUGAUGACCCAGGGCCUGGAACGGUGUUACGAACUAACGGAGUUUCGGCUGCACAGUACAAAGCUGGAACCGGCGAUGAUGAAACGGUUGGCCACGGCCAUGGACAAGGGUUGUCCGAACUUGGCGUCGGUUGGCUUUCCGCACUGUCGCUGCGGAGACGUCGGGGUGCGGGCCUUUUUCGACGCACUGUCGCCGGAAUCGUUGCCGAACGUGAAGGAAGUGGUGCUGACGAAUAACUUUCUUUCUGCCGAAAGCAUCCUCUUUCUGGUCCACCUGGUUCGUCGACGGCCUAUCGAACGGUUAGACCUACGCCUCAAUCCCAUCGGCAAUCCUGGCGCAAUAAUUAUACUCACGAUGAUGUUCUAUCUGCCACUGAAAGAACUGAACCUCAGCUGCUGUUCGAUCGACGAGGAAAUCGAAGAGUACCUGCUGAUGAUGCUGCGGUUCAACAAGAGUGUAAAGUUCCUGGACUUGUCCUCGAACAAGCUCGGUCCAGCGAUGGGUGCCGGCCUGGUGGAACGGAUCAAGGAGAACAAAACGCUGCAACGCUUCGACCUGCGCAACACCGAAAUUUCGGCGGACUUUCGCGCACUCAUCGAUGAAACGGUGAUGGAAAAUCGCGAAAAACACAGCCUGAGUGAUUGGUGAGGGUGAUCUGGGACGGUUUCUAGCGUGAUGGACAGGUGCGGUGGAUAAGUGUGUUUAAAUGUUGUCAACUGUCGCAAGGGAAAUAUACAGUAUGUAAAAAAAGUAUUUACACCCCUUGGGCACUAUGCACAUAUUGUGAUGAAACAUCUAA